CACGGUCUACGGUGCACUCUUUUUUUUAAUGUUCCAAACGUUGAUGAGUGUAAAUUGAUCGAGUAAGAAAAUAAUAAUAAGUGUGCAACUUUAUCGUGCAAAAUGGAAAUCGGCGCUGAUGGUAAGCCUUGCCGGGCAUGCUCGGACUUUAAAUAUUGGGCGAAAUUACAGAAAAAGGCAUUUUACAACGAGUCGAAAAAUAGCGAGGAUAAAAAUCCAGACAAGAAAAGUGUCGAGAGUACCGCGAUAGUAUCCCGCAAGGACUGUCCACUGGAUAGAGGAGAAUUAGGUUCAAGUACGUGGUCGUUUUUACACACAAUGGCAGCUUAUUAUCCGGACACCCCGACGGCCGAGCAAAAAACUAGUAUGAGUACGUUUUUUAAUUUAUUCGCUAAAUUCUAUCCGUGUCGCAUUUGCGCCGAGGAUCUUCAAGCUCAACUGGAAGAGUCACCUCCGCAAACUGACUCCCAGCAUCGGCUGUCUCAAUGGUUGUGUGACAUUCACAACGAAGUCAACGAAAAAUUAGGUAAACCACUUUUUGACUGUAAAUUAGUUAAUCAAAGGUGGCGUGAUGGUUGGGCUGAUGGUUCUUGUGAUCAAUGAUGUAAUGUGCUUUAGUUGCUGUAAAUUAAAAAGUGCUCUCGAGACUAGGAAGCGAACUACAUAAGUAGUGCAUGGAUAUUAGGUUGCUAAGAAAAACAUCGAGUAUUUUUGUAAAUAAGUACAUAAGUUGUUUUAUUUGUCACAUAAUAAGAAAUAUGUAAA